GAUUUUAUAGAGAACAUGUUAUUCGGGUGAAAUCCUCGGAAACUCGUCAGAGAAGCCCAAUGAGUGUCACACAGUCCACACUCACUGACAGGACCCCAAACAUUCUCAAUAAGGAGCCCGCAGACAAGAAAGCUAAGAAUGACAAAUCCUCCGUCUCCCUCAAACAUGAGUUUGACCCAACAGGUCUCGUCCAGCGUUGUGUGAUAAUCCAGAGAGAUGAAAAUGGCUUCGGGCUGACGGUGAGCGGAGACAACCCUGUGUUUGUGCAGCUGGUCAAAGAAGAAUAUCCUGAAUGCAUCAUGUCACAGUCAGUCAACUGAAUUUUUUCCUCUCAGGUCAACGGGACCUUAGUCACACAUUCAAACCACAUUGAGGUUGUAAAGCUGAUAAAAUCGGGUUCCUAUGUGGCCCUCACGGUGCUGGGAAGGCCCCCGGGUCUUCCUCAGAUCCCCCUGGAGGAGGACGAGAGGGACGACGAGGCCGAGGUCGGUUCACCCCCGUCUCUCUCGGUGCCUCACUCACCUGUGCUGUCAGCUGAGGAGCCGUGCAGCCCUCAGGAGCACAGCGCCUCCCCUCUGUCUGAUGCGGACGAGAACAAAACCGCGCACGGCCACAAGAUCGACAGUUUGCAGAAGAUACUGACCAAACAGCAGCUGGACUUAGAGCUAAUGGAGGAGGAGUGUGACGGCGUCAUCGACAGUAACUCUUUGCACAGCAGUCCCCUCCCAGAGAGUCCUGGCAAAAGAGCGACGCCCUGUCAGAGCCCGGACAUCAGCCGGAGAGACGGACUCAACCUCUGCUCGUCGCCUGACGCUGAGGAGAGCACUGACACCGACCCCGUUGCCCAGUGCAUUGUGGGUAGCCCUCCCUACCCCCUCAACCCGCAGAUCAUCGGAGCAGAAGACGACUACUUUGACUCUCAGCAAGAGCAGAUUGACGGACAGUGCAGCUGUUUCCAGACCAUCGACCUGCUGAAGACUCGGCCGGCUCACCUCGCUGUGUUCCUCCAUCAUGUUGUCUCCCAGUUUGACCCUGCACCUCUGUUGUGUUACCUCUACGCUGACAUGCACAAACAAACCAGCUCCAAAGAAAGUCGACGCAUCUUCAUGGAGUUCCACACGCUCUUCCUGGACCGAUCAGCGAAUCUGAAACUACCAGUUCCAGAGACGAUUGCAGCCGAACUUGAGAAGCGGAGGCUGGAGUUAAUCCCAGAGGAGCUCUGUAAGCAGUACACGCAGAUGUUACAGGACUCGCUGCUGCCGGACCUGCUCAAGAACCUGGACGACUUCAGACAGAAGCGCAGUAUGGGUCUGACUCUGGCUGAAGACGAACUGUCCAAGCUGGACGUCGACGGAGGAAAAGAUCAACAGGGUUUAGAGAAGGAAUGUUCCUGUGCCGAACACAUCGUCUCCAAGAUAGAGGAUAUCCUGUUGACGUCACACCCGUCAGAGGAGGAGAAGUGUCAGGCGAUGCAGUACGUGAUUCUCACCUACAUGAAGCACCUCGGGGUGAAAGUGAAGGAGCCUCGCGGACUUGAACAUAAACGGGCACGAAUCAACUUCCUGCCCAAGAUUAAGAAGAGCAUCAAACCUGACAGAGAAGGUGAGGAGAAGGUGAAAAAGCCCAGAUUUCCCAGCAUCCUCGGUCCUCCCAGACGCCUGAGCAGAGUGGAUUCAACGUCAGUGGGUAAAGCUGUGGAGCUGAACAAGCAGCGGUCACCAAAGCAGCUCUCCCAGCCGGUCGUCUUCAUCCGCGAGCAGUCCGAAUCCCCCGCCUCCAAUUCCUCCUCCGGACGGAUCCGUGGAAAUCAGCUCAGCGAGGGAUCGGACGCUGGUCUCCAUGUUUCACCUUUCGCUGCAUCCCAGAGUCACAGCUCGCCCACCGCUCAGGCCUCAGACGCCAGCGGACAAGACUCCGACUCCAAUCUGUCUCCGUUCCCCGUCCAGCCCAGAGCGGGCGAGGGUCUGCAGAGCGGCGACCAGCAGGACGGCGUCGUCAGUCCCGUCAGCACUCAGUUCGACUUCAGCCCCUCCAACCUGGAGCAGCUGCAGGAGGAAGAGCAGGAGACCUUCAGUAGGAUGGAGGUUCAGUGUGCGGCGGGGACUUCAGCCGACAUCCAGAGCGAGGACGACCAGGGAGGCGAGGCGGAGUGUGAGGAGGACCCUCUGAACUGGCAGGGUCUGGUCAGCAGGGGCGUCCUGGAGAGUCUGACGCCGCAGGAGAUCAAUCGGCAGGAAGUCAUCAACGAGCUGUUCUACACCGAGCGCGCCCACCUGCGGACGCUGAAGGUGCUGGACUGUGUUUUCUACCAGAGGUUGAACAGAGACAGUGUCCUCCCACCUGAGGACAUCAGACACAUCUUUAUUAACCUGGAGGAGAUUAUUCAGCUGCACGUUUCCAUAACGGAACAGAUGACAGCCACCAGGAAGAGGAGUGAGACGUCGGUGAUCGGUCAGAUCGGAGAUGACCUGCUGGCGUGGUUCAGCGGUGAGGAAGAGGAGAAGAUAAAACGAGCGGUGGGAACGUUCUGCAGUAACCAACCUUCUGCUCUGGAGCUCAUCAAGAACAAAAAGAAGAAAGACCAGAGGUUCAACUUAUUCAUGAAGGAAGCCGAGAGACACCGUCUGUGUCGCAGGCUGCAGCUCAAAGACAUCAUCCCCGUGGAGAUGCAGAGACUGACCAAAUACCCGCUGCUGCUGGACAACAUCGUCAAGUACACAGAGGACGAUGACGAGAGGGAGAAGGUGAAGAAAGCUGGCGAAUGUUGUAAAAAGAUCCUCAACCACGUCAACCAGGCCGUGAAGGAGGCCGAGAACAAACAGAGGCUGGAGGAGUAUCAGAGGAGGUUGGACCACUCGUCACUCAAGCAGAGUGAAAACCCCAUGAUCCUGGAGCUGAAGAAUCUGGACCUGACCAAGAGGAAGAUGGUACACGAGGGACCUCUCUCCUGGAAAGUUAAUAAAGACAAGACGAUCGAGCUCUACACCAUUCUGCUGGAGGACAUUUUGGUUUUACUGCAGAAACAGGACGAGCGUCUGAUCCUCAAGUUCCACGGGAAGAAUCCGGCGAGCGCUGCUGACACCAAGAACGUCUUCAGCCCCAUCAUCAAACUCAGCAAUGUACUGGUUCGUCCAGUGGCGACUGACAACAAGUCGUUCUUCGUGCUGUCCAUGUCGGAUAACGGCGCUCAGAUCUACGAGCUGAUGGCUCAGACCGUGUCCGAUCAGAGAAUGUGGCAGUGUCUGAUCACACAGUGCGCUGAGGCCAUGAAGAACAAACCUCCCCACAGCGACUCAGCUCCGGCUCAGACUGAUGCCGAGCGUGAUGCCAUUGAGAUCAUCAACCGUGGGAUGAACAGGCAAAGCAAAGAGUCGAACGGGACGGCGAGCUCAGGCAAAUCAUGUUUCUAUAUUCAAGCUCCACCGGCGAGUAUCG